UUUUUUUUUCACUCCUUUCUUUUGCUUUCUCCUUUUUUUUCUUAUAUAUUUUAUUUAUUUUGUACAUAGGGAAGCUAUUUUUUUUAGAGAAAAAGUGAUAUGGCAACUUCAGACGUCAAAGGUAACAAAGAAGAAGGAACUGUAGAGAGAAAGGCUCCAGAAGUCCAGCAUGCAUUUGUCACGCCAACUUCUCCACCUUACCCACCCUAUGGUGCAUACAUUGACCCAGUUCAGCUUCAAGGUGGCUAUGAAAUAUCUGAUCCUGUCAACUUUACCUAUGUGUAUCCUCUCAGCCCUCAAUUUUCUGUCCAAUACUAUACUGCUGAUUAUGGAAAUGGGUAUCAAAGUUAUCCUGGAUCACCUUCAUUGCAUCCACAAUCACCUCCUAUUAAUCCUGCCAGCCCACCUUUUAGUCCCACUUUCCAAUACCAACAAGGCAUCACGCUCUCACCUCCUACACAUGCCUAUGUCCUGCCACCUCAUUCACAACCUUUUCCUCCACUUCAUAUCAGUUCACCUGUAUUGACAGGCACUAGCUCGACACCAGGCUCGCCUCCUCACCAAUACCUUCCAGGUCCUUACAUUAUUCAGACGGAUAGAAGCAGUAAAAGAAGCCAAGUGCAACAACAACUUGAAACAGAAGCCAAUCACUAUCAUACUCAUAAUGUUUAUGUCCGUGGAUUGUCUAGUUCGACUACAGAUGAAUCAUUUUUGGAAAUGUGUCAAGUAUAUGGUCCUAUUGCAUCUUCCAAGGCAAUCAUUGACCAAAAGACAGGCGAAUGUAAGGGCUAUGGUUUUGCUAUGUUUGAAAACGAAAAAGAGGGUGAAGAAGCAAUUACAGGUUUAAACAAAGCCGGUCUCCAGGCUUCAUUUGCCCGAGUUGGACAAGAAUCUUUCAGUUCAAAACUAAGAUAUCUUCAAGAUGAGAACUCUACCAACAUUUAUAUUUCAAAUUUACCAUUGGAUACUACAGAACAAAAACUUGAAGAGCUCUUCCUUCCAUAUCCAACAAUUUCAAAUCGUAUUUUGCGUGAUCCUCAAUCUGGUUUAAGCCGAGGUGUGGGCUUUGCAAGAUUAACUGACCGCGAAUCAGCAUCGGCUAUCAUUGAAAAGUUUAACGGACAUACAAUUGAAGGAUCUUCUGCACCACUACAAGUACGUUUUGCCGACUCUCCAGCACAAAAGAAAUUAAAGAGUCAAACAGCACGCAGUCGAAGAGUAGUAGGUCCUCGUGACUUUCAGCCUAUGGCUACAUUUUCUAUGAGACCAAUGAUGCCUAUUACACCCGAAACCAUGUUAGGCAUAGCUCCUUCAAAUCACCAUGCGUACUAUCCUCACCACCCAACUGCUGACCCCCAUUUCCAUCAGACACAACAAUGUUCCGCUACUACUCAUGUAACACCUGCUAAACAACAAAAUAAUGAUGACAACCUUGCCAAAGAUCUAGAACAAAAACUCAAGUUUUCAGAGACAGACACUAAUAAUACAUCAUCACCAUCACCACCACCUUCAACAUAAAGAAAAAAUAUAUAGAGAGAUACGACAAUAAAUAAAUAAAAAGAUUUAUUUUUCAAUAAAGGU